UCUGCCGCCAACAAUCAUUCCACGGUCAAAAUGAAAGCAACAGGGCUCUGUAUUACAUCCACGUCUCAGUUCCAUGCAUCCUGAUAUCCAUCGCAUUCGCCUUAUGGGGUACAAUUGAAGGUUCCUUUCGAGAGGCUUAUGUUUGCUCUGUUAUAAAUUUCAUGAGGAUCCUAAGGAUAUUUAAGAUGUCUCCAUAUAAACCUCCUGGUUACAUUAGACUCUCGAAAUUGGCUGUGCCAUUGGAGAUGUUUGUCAUUGCAGCAGGGUUAAAUUCUGUUGCUCUUCAGCCAUCAUUUACAGACCCUACAACCAACAAAGUAGUGUUUGGAAUAUUUUUUGGAGGGAUGCUAUUAUCUGGAUUAAUAGCACUGUGCAUUUCCGGAACUGUGGUCUGCGUAGGGUCCUCAGUGCAGUGCGUAACAAGCACUGGCAGGAAUUGGUGGGCGUUUUUCAACAGAGUGUUGAAACCUUCAACUGUGAUUCUAUUGCUACAACUCAACAUCAAUUUCCAAUUAGCGUGCUUUAGGAUCAUCAGGCGUACUAUAUUUCCUAUAGCAGAUGUGUUGGCUAUCGUGAAAAUUUUACUACUUCCUGCCUUAGGAUUAAUAUUAUUCUUGCAAAACAAAUGUGGAUGUUUUUCCGUGCGAGGUCCUGCGAUGCCACUACUUGUCCAGUUGGGGGCGUCUGUGACGUUGCCCUGCUCUGUGGAUACCCCAAUACCUCUGCAUGAGCUGGAGGUGCAGUGGAUGAGGGAUUCUGGAAGCCUGGUGCAUCUGUUCCUGGGAGGAGAGAGUCGGCCAGAAUCACAGAGCCCAGCGUACAGUGGCAGGGCCGAGUUUUUCACUGAAGAAAUCUCCAAAGGAAACUUCUCUCUGCUGCUUAGGAAUGCAACCACUGAAGACAAAGGGAUGUACAAGUGUGUAGUUCACACUGACCGCGAGUCUAGUGAAACAAAUGUGACAAUAGAUACUGAACGGCUGGUGGUGACUGGUGCAGACGUGCCCGUAUUUGCAUAUACUGGUGAAGAUGUGAUUCUGAACUGCUCAGUGGACACACAUGUUCCUCUCGGAGAGUUAGAAGUCGAGUGGAUGAAGACAAAUGAAGAAAUCCAGGUGCUGCUGUUUAUGGAGGGGCGGUACAGACCGGAGUCACAGCCUGAAAGAUUCAGAGGGCGUGCUGAGUUCUUCAGUGAGGAGAUUCCCAAAGUUGCUCUUCAGCCAUUAUUUACAGACCCUACAGUAAAAACAGGAGAUAAAGUACUCAGUGGAAUGAUGCUUGGAACGCUGCUAUUAAUACUUGGAUUCGCAGCAGUGAUCUCUUCUGGGACAGAACCUCUCCUUAUGGUUCUGUUGCUACAAAUCGCCAUCAAUGCCCAAUUGGUGUGCAUUACGAUCCUCAUGAGUAGUCAAAUUUUUCUUGCACUGGUGUUGGUUACAGUGAAAUUUGCACUGCUUUUUGCCCAAGACUUAAUGUCAUGCUUGCUGAAAAGAUGUGGAUAUUUGCGUCAGAAAGUCUUCCUUCUGCUUUGGCUCACUCUUGAUAUUGCAUUGAGCUUUGUAAUUCUGGGCAUCACUUUGGAAAACGAUAAAGAACUCCCUGUAUGGAUGUGUUUCUUUGCAUUCCUCUACAUCCAGACUGCCACAGUGGUCUUUCAGCACAACACUGAUGAUUAUGAUGAUGUUGCAUGGGGUACAGUAUCAUUUGAUAAAUGCCUUUUUAUCAUUGAUUGUGGAGCUUGA